AUGCAACAUAUUCUCAGACCAGCUAUUAGACAAUCGGCCAAUCAAUUCAAACAGUCAUAUAGAUUCUACGCCGCUGUGGGUGAUGCAAUCCCUAAAACCGUUGUUUUUGAAGGUUCGCCCGGUAAUGACGUAAAUUUGGCGAAAGAGACCGAAAAGGGGAAAUCUUUACUUGUAGGAGUUCCAGGGGCAUUUAGUCCAGGUUGCACACAAAAACACAUACCCGGUUAUAUCAAAAACGUUGAAGAAUUCAAAAACAAAGGUGUUGACAAUAUCUUUGUAUUAGCUGUCAACGAUCCCUUUGUAACUAAAGCAUGGGGAGAAAAUUUGUUGAAAGAUCAAGCUCCGGUUCGAUUCUUGGCUGAUAGUACCGGCGAUUUCACGAAGGAACUCGACUUGUUGUUCGAUGCCACCAAGGUUUUUGGAAAUGAGAGAUCAAAAAGAUACGCUUUACUUGUUGAAGAUGGUAAAAUCAAACAAACUUUUAUUGAACCCGACAACACUUCGGUUGACGUAUCAGAUGCCACCAAAGUCUUGUCAAGCUUCUAG